AUCAAUUAGAGCCGUUCAUAUUUUCAGAUUGAAAACAACGAUUGAUAGACCCACGUUGAAGGAAACCAAACUUCUAAUUCUUCCGAAGCUGUGCAGGUACUAUCGGGAUAUUUAUACAAAGGUCUUUGAACUCCUUGCUACGCCUUAUACACCAUGAGGGCCUUAACAGUCCUUCUUUUGACAGCAUUGCUGGUUGCUAUGGUAACCGGACAGACCUCCUACCCACCAUAUCCAACAUCUUACUACCCGGACAACCCGUACCCGUACCCGGACUACCCGGAUCCGGAACCGCAACCGUUCCAGAAUCCAGGAGAGAUCAUUCCUGGCUCUGGGUUUAACAUCGAAUUCCUGAUCAACGCUGCUGGUGGUAUCUGGCAGCAGGAUCGGGUCAUUGAUUCAAUGGCAUAUGUUUGUAAGGAUGUCCUUCCGGUAGUCGGUUCGAUGAUACCGGAAGUGGACCCUACAAGUCUGUAUUGGGGUUUCGUCUGUGAUGAGGUCAUCGAAGCUUCUAAAGAUCUGGAUGCAUUUGAUGCAACGGGAUUCUGCAAUGACAUAAUAACUGUGAUCACUGACUUGAUAUCUCAGGAGAGUGGCGAAAGAUAUCGCAGACAAGCGGAAUAUAUGGAUGAUCCCCUGGGUAUCAUCGAGAUCCUGACCAACAUCACCAGAGACCUCUAUGGAAUCGACAUCAACAUGAUCAUCAAUGACCCAUCUACAAUCAACACCAUCUGCACCAACGUCAAGAAGAAUUUCUUGAGACCAUCUCUUGAAGAUCUCAUCUCUCAGUUCGCGACUGAACUGAUGAGUGCAUUUCUACCCCAGGCAGCUCCGAUAUGUGACAACUGGGAAGGUUUCCUCGAGGACUUAAGGUUGGACUCCACCUCUCCAGUGUACCAUAUCAUCGAGAAGGCUGCUAAUAUCGGAUCUCAAGCCGUGGGGUACGACGACUUUGACGCGCUAUGUGAGGCCAUCACCCAGGCCCUUGAAAAUGAUGACAUCAACGCGAGGAGAACAUUCUCCAGAAAUGUCAUCGAGAGUGUCAUCGACCUCCUGGAGAACGGAGAAAGAUGUACAGCUUUGGGCAAUUAUGCUAUCACCAGCCUCGAGGAAAACAGCGCCCUCAACAGCGGCGGCAUCGAUUACUACCCGUCUUCCUAUUCUAUUGAUCAUCUACUCUAUCUUUACACCGGUUUCUGGUCGGCCGAGGACAUUUGUUAUGCAUUGGAGGAAGCAUUUACUACCGAAGUGGAACUACCUACCCCUCGAGUCGAUUUCAUUCCAGGAACGAACCUCACUCUUAAGUUCUUCGUCAACGCUGCUGGGGGUUUGUGGCAACAGGACCGCCUCGUCGACACCCUCGACUAUGCUUGUACUGAUGCCCUCCCAGCAAUCACCGUAAUGGUACCUGUCGUGGGUUACUACCGUCACUACUACAACCCUAUCUGCCAGGAGAUUAGGGAAGCAGCAAGAGACCUUGAGGCUUUUGACUCGACCGGCUUUUGCGACCGCAUCAUGGAUAUGAUUAGCGACAUAUCUCCUGGUGACACUGAUGGUGGUAUUGGAACCUACGACAUCGCCGGAUCCAUACCAGAUCCCAUGGGCAUCAUCGGAACCCUGGUCAACAUCACCAGAGAACUCUACGGAAUCAACAUCAAUGACAUCUCCACGAUUUGUCCUAAUGUCCAUCAGUUCUUAGAUCAGCCUCUUCCUGGGAUUUUCUUAGAGUUUGGGACUGAGUUGAUGAGUUCGCUACUGCCACUAGCAGAGCAAGUCUGCGAAUGGGACGCUUUCUUAGAAGGGUUUGGAGUUGAUUCAUCCUCGUCAUAUUAUCAAAUUAUCGAGGACGCUGCUCGUAUAGGAUCUCAGGCUAUGGGAUAUGAUAGUAGACAGGCUCUUUGUCAAGAUCUGGUCCGCGCAAUCUCUGCUGAAGGAGACGAAGCAAGCAUGACAUUCUCCAGGAAUAUCAUUAUCAGAAUGUUCGAGCUACCGACAGAUGCAGAUCGUUGUUCAAUUCUGGUCAGCGAAACUCUUGAAGGUGUCCUAGAACCAGUACUCCAUAAUGUUCUUCCUAAUGGGCCUUCCGUUCAUAUUAGCGACUACCUGAUUUCUCGUUACACCGGCUAUGAGAAUGUCUAUGAAAUCUGUCAAGAUGUAGAGACAGCAUUCACGAGUGAGGUGCCACUUGUCCGUCCAACUUACGGGGAACUCUUCCCUGAUUCUGGUCUCACCGUAUCCCUUCUCAUCAACCUGGCUGGUAGUCUUUGGGAGCAGGACCGCGCCGUCGACUCUUACGCUUACGUCUGCACCGACAUCCUACCAAUCAUAGCAAGGACCAUCCCCGACUUCCGGGGGACAGAGAGAUACUGGAAGCCAAUCUGCAACUCCAUUGUCGAAGCAGCUGAUGACUCUAAUGGGUUCGACGCAACGGGAUUGUGCUAUGACCUUGAGCGCAGGUUCUCAUCACUUCUCGGUCCUGUCAUGACCGAAGAGACAUACCCAGAAGUGCCGACUUAUAAUAUGUCAUCAGAAGGGAAUUGGUCGUAUACGUAUGAAACGAUGGUGUAUGUCAGUCCGUUUGUACAGCUCCUAAUGAACAUCUCUGAAAUCUACGGGAUCGAUAUCAACAACAUAAGCACUGUCUGCUCCAUAGCCAGUGACCUUCUAGAGCCUUCCCUGAGUGAUCUCGUUCUGGACUUCGGCUCUCGGAUCCUCAGUUUCUUCCUCCCACAGGCCAGUCCGAUCUGUGAAGACGUCGAUGCUUUCCUGAGUAGUACCCUGACAUCAUUCGGAAUUGUUCCGUCCUCACCCUACUAUCAAGUCAUUCAGGAUGCUAUUGACAUCGCACCUCGCCUCGUAGGAUAUAAUAGCAUAGAUGCCAUCUGUCAGCAAAUGAAUCAAGCACUUCAAAACGAAGACAUCGAUGACCCGGCGAGACUGGAUUUUACAAGGGGUCUCAUCUCAAAUCUACUGUCUCUCACGACCGCUGUGGGGAGAUGCGGAAGCAUAGCCGAUGACAUCAUCCAUGACGUCAUAGAACCUCUUAUCAAUAUUGGCAAUCCUGGAGAGAGGUUUAACAUCACUGAUGAUUUAAUCCAUCAGUAUACAGGCUUCAUGGGAGUGCAACCGAUAUGCAGGGCAUUGGCCUCCGCAUUCAGAGGAUGCCCGAAGCGCUUCGAUUUGGAUGCUUGUGGAGUAUGUGUGCCACGACUCGCAGGAAGCAUUGAGUAUCACUUCACGUCUGACGAGAGAGAUUGCACAGGCAGAUGCCCCCGAGAUGACGAAUACGGUGCUAUAUUAAAUGAGUGUGGACGAUGCGUAGCAGGGGCGACUGGACGACCCGUCAAUGCAGGCAUGAAUGAAUGUGGUUCAUGUGGGUACCUUGGUGGCCGUUCCUGUGUCGGCUGCGACGGAGUGAUAAACAGUGGCAACGUAUAUGAUGCGUGUAUGGUGUGUGGUGGAGAUGGCACAACAUGUACUGAGGUAUCUUCUAUCUAUCCUAAUGUCAUCCCAGCAGCAACACAACAUGAGAUCACUAUUUCUGGAGCAGGAUUCGACCCAGCUCCAGAUUGUCGAUUCAGGAACCAAGUGGGCACUCUGAACCGGCAGGUUACCAUGGCGACAUCCAGUGCAUCCGAAGGAACGUGCACCAUUACUCUUCCAGCAGCAGGCACAUACGACCUUUUACUAAUAUUUCCUGGUAACUCCGAGCCCGUGGAAACUUCAAUUACACUCGAAGUCUAUGCCCCGGUUACCAUAGCGUCAGUAGCACCGGAAGAGAUUACCCUCGAUCCAACAUCACUUGCCACCUUGACCUUUACCGCUGCUGCCAACUCCAACUUCCAGGCCGUUGAGGGCAUAACACCAUACCUCAUUUUUGAGAAUGGUUUGGAACCUCUGGCUGGAGAGAUCAGUGGUGAUUCAAUGCAGGAGCUUACGUUUACCCUUCGAUCCCCACCCACGCCAAUGGAGUUGGUUGUCUCCCCGUCUCUCAAUGGAAUAGACCUGUUACCUGGCGGACCUUUCAUGGUAACAUUCUUCGCACCAGCACCCGCGAUCGGCUCACUCACGUUUUUUCCUUCAAAAAACAGACUCCUACUUGACUUCGAGGAUGGAGUUCGAACCGACGACAUUGACGACUGCAGCACCGUAUUCCAAGAUACUCCUGAGGAGAAUGGCAUCGCUAGAAAUAUUCUAGGAACCGGAAGCAGUUGCAUGAUCAUCAGAGGCAACCGCGUCAUUAUGAUCACUCUUGGAGAUGGGGAUGAUCUCAUUGGACCAGAUGAUACGCUUACACUGCGCGGUGAUGUUAUCUUCAGCCGAUCCGACUUCUCUCGAGCGGUGCCCGAGUCAGUCCUAGCCGUUGAGGUCGGGGAAAUCCCCACAGUUGAAGUGGUCUUGCGAGGCUUCUCAAAGAUCAGUAGCUGUGGAGACGUACAGCUGUCGGCUCGAGGAACAAAAGGUGGCGCCGGUCGACCUUUGACCUAUAUGUGGUCCGUCCAAUCAGAGGGUGAUGUUUCAAACGAACUUGAAGCAGCAGUUACCGCAAUUACGACAGUAGACUUGACGGUAGAUGGGGCCCUCCUCACAGCGAAUCAAGCCUACACAUUCUCCAUCGAGGCAGUGAACUUCUUAGGCGGCCCAGGCUCCAAAUCCAUAGUUGUGAUGCGGUCAUCAGAGCCGGUUCCCGAUCUGAGGAUCAAUCCGCGCGGCAUAGACCCGGAGAACGUACCUGUGUCCCAAAGGUUCUUCCUUGACGCCGACGUGACCUUCUAUUCGGACUGUGUGGGCGCUGGUCCAGAGGAGACAGAGUUCGUUUGGACAGCUAAUACGGAGACCUUUGAUAAUAGUAUCCAUGCGGGGACUGCAAACUCCAGAACUCUGGUCAUAAAGGCCUUCUCUUUCCUUGGCGAUUCUGAAGUCACGUUCACUGUCCAAGCCAGACGGGCUGGUGCUACGUCAGGCCCUACCAGUGACAUCACAAUACGUUUCGCAUCAUCUGAGCUUGUUGCUACGAUACGAGGGGGCAGUGAAAAAAGUGUGGGAGUGGACAGUGGGAUGGUGACUCUUGAUGGUUCACGGUCACGUGACCCUGAUCAACCAACCGGUUCAGACCAGUCAGACUCUACUGAUUUGACGUACGAAUGGAGUUGCGAACAGACGACAGAUGCCACAUAUUGUACAAGCGCGCAAGACGGAUCCAUGUUCCCAGCUGACAAUGCUACAUCAUCAUCAACUUUGACCUUUGAUGCCGAUGACAUGACCCCGGAAAGACUUACCAGUUCACUUUGGAUGUAG